AUGGCCCCAUCGCGACGUUCCCGCACCCUCGGUGCUCUCCUCGCUCUCCACGCCGGUGACGCCCUUGGCGCACCCCUCGAGUUCAAGCCCCACGCCGUCAUCCGCUCCCGCUACCCUGGCCCUAACACCGCAUUCCCUCGGACCCUUACCGGCGGCGGCUUCCUCUCCUGGGCCCCUGGCGCUGCCACUGACGAUACUGACCUCACCCGCGCCGUUCUCCUCGCCUACCGUGAUGCUAUCCUUAAUGGCGAUGACGUGAUAACCAGGGCGGCCGAGCACUCUCUGGCGUGGUAUCGAGGCGACCACUGGCCCGGUCGUCGGCCCGGUACCUUACCCCGCGACAUCGGCCGCACUACAAGGCGGGGUCUAUCCUCGUUUGCUUCCUCCCGUGAUCCAUCCUCCUCGGGUGCUGGCCAGGGCAGCGCCGGAAAUGGCAGCCUGAUGCGUUGUAUUCCCACGGGGCUCUUCCAGACUGACCCGGAGCUGCUUGUCAAGGAGAGCCAACGUAUCAGCGCUAUCACACACAAUGACAGCAGAUGCACCAUAGCGUGUGCCGCCUACAACGCCAUAGUCUCCGCCCUAGUCGUGUGCGACCUGUCUGUCGAGGAUGCCGUGUCGGCGGGCGAGCGUGUGGCUAUCUCGCUCGAAGGUGGCCGUGCGGAUGGGCCCGUCCACGUUGCCAUUAAGAUCGGGCGCACAUUCUCCCUCGAGGUUUUGGCCGAUAAGGGGCCGAGAGGGAUUGACUUCCCCGGGUCGUGUAGUGGGUUCGUGCUCGAUUCGCUGACGCUGGCUAUUGCGGCCGUCCUGGAUGAGCGGAGACUCGACCAGGUUCUUAUCGAUAUCGUCAGGCUCGGCAGAGACACUGACACGAAUGCUGCUAUUGCAGGUGGUCUACUAGGGGCAAGGGAUGGCGAGGAAGCCGUGCUUGACGAGUGGAAGGACUUACUGCAGCUUGGGCCGGAGUUCCGCCGUCUGGUUGACCAACUCUUGACAGCCCAGGGAGUCCUAGCAGAGGGAGAGUUUGGGGAAUCAUGA